AUGAUGCUCAACACCCUCAUUCACCAACUCUGGUUGAUGAUGGAAUCCAUGACAACGCUGCAACACAAAAUAAUCCAAGACUACGACACAAAUGAGGAAAUCAUCCAAAACAUCUCCACCACUCCACGCCACAUGAACUACAUCAUCUCCACAAAAGUCCUCCACGACGCAAAGAAGGCUGAUGCCAACAUGCUGGACUGCAUCUCCAGCAUGCAAGAGAACAUGGGAAAGACCAUCACUGAGUACAAGAAUAUGAUCAACACCUCCCUGGCGACUAAGUCGGAUGACCAAAAUCUUUUGCAAGUUCUUGUAUUUUGGAAUAUAAUUCCCAUGAAUCUUUUACUAGGUAUUUCUUUUGAUGUCCUUUUCUAG